AUGACUAUCUUGACAGAGCUUGGCCUAUAUGUUCAGCUCAAGCUUGAAAGCUUACACAUGAUUCGUGUAUCACGAGGCGUGAGUCGAGCCGUUUGGCCAGUUCAGCUAAUUCGCCGUAACUCUGUUCUUGUGGGAGGCAAAGAGUACAAGACAGACGAAUGGACAAAUGUUCCGCCUGCCAUUAUCGACUUAGUAGGCCGAAACCUCCAUCGUCAGCCCAACCACCCGAUUGGAAUCAUCCGGUCGCUGAUUGAAAAACGCCUGGUUCCCCUGGGGUUUACCCCAUAUAACGAGUUCAGUCCGAUUGUGUCAAAGUAUAAGAACUUCGACAGUCUUGGAUUCCCCGAGGACCACCCUGGGCGAAGCAAGUCCGACACCUACUACAUCAAUAAAGACACCCUUCUCCGCACCCACACGUCAGCUCACGAAAUCGAGUGCUUCCAAACAACAAAAACACCUGGCUACCUUAUUGCUGCAGACGUCUAUCGCCGAGACACUAUUGAUCGAACCCACUAUCCCGCUUUCCAUCAAAUGGAAGGUGCCCGGACCUGGUCAAAGACCGAACACGGCGAUAAGCUCGCUGAUGCGAUUCGGGCUGACUUAGAGGCUCUGCCUGAUUCUGGAAUCCAAGUUGAGGACCCCAAUCUGCCUUUCCACGCCGGGAAUCCAAAGGAGCCCGCUCACAGUGAGGAGGUAUCUACUCUUCUCGGCCAGCAUCUCAAACGCACUAUCGAGAUCGUUAUGGGCGACAUGUUUUCUGCCGCCAAGGCUGCUGCCAUUGCUAAUGGGUCCACGGAUCCCGAUCUUCAUAAGCCGCUUAAAGCUCGUUGGAUCGAGGCUUAUUUCCCUUGGACAUCGCCCUCCUGGGAAAUUGAAAUCUGGUGGAAAGGCGAAUGGCUUGAAAUGUCCGGUAUGGGCGUGGUCAGACAGCACGUGUACGAUACUGCUGGAAUGAGUGACUGCGUUGGAUGGGCUUUUGGUAUCGGGCUGGAGCGCACGGCGAUGAUUUUGUUUGGUGUGCCUGACAUUCGUCUUUUCUGGUCAAAAGAUCCGCGUUUCCUCGACCAGUUCACGGCUGGCAAAGUUACCAAUUUCGAGCCUUGGUCCAAAUACCCCAGCACGUCGAGAGACGUGGCUUUCUGGUGCCCUGAACAAGAUGUGCACGAGAACGACGUUAUGGAGAUUGUCCGCUCUCGUGGCGGUGACUUGGUUGAAAAUGUCUCGCUAGUUGACGAGUUUGUUCACCCCAAGACCAACCGCAAGAGUCAAUGCUACCGUAUUACCUACCAGAGUAUGGAACGCUCAUUGACGAAUGACGAAGUGAACGCCAUUCAAACGUCGGUGGUACAUGAUCUAACUUCUCAGCUUGGUAUUGAAGUGCGCUGA